AUUAAAUGUUAUGUGAGGAGCUUCAUGUUUUUUGCAUCAGUGGAUUUUCCGCAAACAGAGUCCUUGUGACUCCUUGACAACCCGACAGGAACGAAAAAGGAGAAGAAGCAUCAGCUGCCCGCAACAGGGCUUGGGAAGAGUGACUGUAACAAUGAACUGGAACUUCUUGGGGAACAUCUUGACUGGGGUGAACAAGUACUCCACGGUCAUAGGACGGAUUUGGCUCUCCAUCGUCUUCACCUUCCGCAUACUGGUGUUUGUGGCGGCCGCAGAGAACGUGUGGAAGGAUGAGCAAAAGGACUUUGUGUGCAACACCAGGCAGCCAGGCUGCGAGAACGUCUGCUUUGACUACUUCUUCCCCAUCUCGCAGGUGCGCCUCUGGUCCCUGCAACUGAUCAUGGUGUCCACCCCAUCCUUGCUGGUGGCCAUGCACGUGUCCUAUCGGGAACACCGAGAAAAGAGGCACGGCCAGCAGCUUUACAAGGACAAGAGCAGCAUGGAUGGGGGGUUGCUCUGCACCUACCUGCUUAGCCUCUUCUUCAAGACAAGCUUUGAGAUCGGCUUCCUGCUGGCCUUCUACUACCUUUACAGCGGCUUCCAGGUUCCCAUGCUUCUACAGUGCAGCUGCAGUCCUUGCCCAAACACCGUGGACUGCUACGUGUCCAGGGCCACCGAGAAGAAAGUCUUCCUGUAUAUCAUGGGCUGCACAUCAGUGCUAUGCAUUGUGUUGAAUAUCGCAGAAGCGAUGUACAUCAUGUCCAAGCAAUUCCAGAAGUGCUUCAGCAAGAGGUACAUCCCCGUGGAGGAGAAAGUCCACUGCCGCUGCCAGCUUCCCCACCCCACCAUCAGCAGCUCUCUGGGUGCGAAGCCUGCAAAACCUGUGGCACAAAGCUCUCAGAGCAAAGACACCUGCUCUCAAGCCUCCGUAGGAAACCUAGUGACUCUGUCAUGAGGAGGAUGUUACACUUCAACUUCAGUCUCAUGCUUUGAGUGCCUGACCUCUAGGCUUUUUUUUUUUUCCCCCUCCGUUUCCAAAAUGCUACAACCAAGAUGCACAUACCUAUCCAUUACAAGAGCGGGACCCCUUUAACAAAAGAAUCUUCAGCAUCCUGUGGUGGACAUUUACAUUUCAAUGAGAGGCUCUGGACAUUCCUGUUUUUACUACUAAGCAGCAGCAUUGUAUACUUAGCCGCCUGUAUAUUUAGUUGUAGUUAGCAAAGAAGACUGCUAAUUCUACAUCUGAUUUGACAAUAUGGGAUGAGAAAUGGGGGGGGAAAUGCAAAAUAAUAAAAUCAUGUUGU